AUGGAAUCUCUGUUAACCAUAUUGCCUCAAGUGGUCUGCAAGCAUCCUAGCCUUCAAUGUGAUCUUGUUGAACCUCUUCCUAUUCAUCACACCUAUCAUCAGCCUGGAGAUGUUAACAUUGCUGGCGUUAUUUCUGUAUGCUUGACAUUUUCUGACCCCAUUGAUUUCAGCCAACAUCCUUCUCAGGGACUUCAAGAUAGACUUAUGCAAAUUAAUGAAAAUCGUCAGAUCCUACCCAACAUCACGCUGGGCUUCCACAUUUUUAACAGCAAUUUUAGUCCCGGAUGGACUUACUUUGCCUCAAUGUUGCUGCCUUUCACUCAGGGCAAAUUCAUCCCUAACUACAAGUGUGGCAUCCCCCAAAAUUUGGCUGCAAUUAUUGGAGCACCUGACAUCUCUCUUCACAUGGCAACUUUAUUGUCCAUCUAUAAAGCUCCUCAGUUGACCUAUGGCUCUGCUCCAGUCAUGGAUAAAGAGACUCAAUCAGUUUUCUUCCAACAAAUGUUUCCAGAUGAAUCGCAUGAAGAUAAGGGUCUCCUGAAGCUAUUUUUGUAUUUUAGAUGGAUCUGGAUUGGAAUUCUUGUGGUAAAUGAUGACAAAGGAGAGAGAUUUGUACAAGAAGUGCUCCCUACAUUUUCUGAACAUGGCAUCUGCAUUGAAUUCAUAGCAGAGUUCCCAAUCUUAGCUUUUUACAGUGAUUUUACUGAUAUCAUAGACAAUAUGCUACAUAUAUACCAUGUUCUCAUGAACAGCACAGCCAAUGUGAUAAUCGUGUAUGGUGAAAUUCGCUCCAUGUCAUUUCUGAGAAGUCUCCUCCAGUUAUCAGAAGUGGUGGAUAUACCAAAAAAGACAAAAAUCUUGAUUACAUCCGCUCAGACAGAUUUUAUUUCAAACUCCAUUGAGAAAUUUAUGGACAUUCAUUUCCUACAUGGUGUUUUAUCCUUUGCAGUUCACACAAAAGAGGUCCAAAACUUCCAGGAUUUUUUUCAAAACCUAAAUCCAAACAACAACCAACAUGAUCACUUUCGGAAAGAUUUUUGGGAACAGGUUCAUUCUUUUCUGAGAAGUGUCAGAUUCAACAACAGUGUUGGUGAAAAGAUCUCCUUUGAUAAAAAUGGAGAAUUCAUUGGUGGAUAUGAUAUUAUCAAUUGGAUCACAUUCCCAAACAAAUCCUUUGUUAGAGUCAAAGUUGGAAUGAUAGAUCCCACAGCUCCACCAGAGAAGUUCUUCAAUAUUUCUGUAGAUUCCAUCACGUGGCCAGUAGGCUUUAAUCAGGCAUUACCUUUAUCUUUGUGUAAUGAUCCUUGUGAGACAGGACACUGCAAGGCCAAGAAAGAAGGGGAGUCGUUUUGCUGCUAUGGUUGCUGGCUGUGCCCAGAAGGGAAAAUAUCAAAGGAGAAAGAUAUGGAUGACUGCUCCCCAUGUCCUGUAGAUCAAUAUCCAAAUCCUGAGAAAAAUAUGUGUAUUCCAAAGCGGAUCACCUUUUUGUCCUACGAAGAACCUUUGGGGAUCAGUCUGACUGUUCUUUCCCUUUGUUUUUCUUUAAUGACAACUUUGAUCAUCACAAUAUUCAUGAAACACAAAGACACUCCCAUUGUCAAAGCCAACAACCGAAAUCUCACUUAUAUACUUCUAGUUUCCCUCCUCCUCUCUUUCCUUUGUGUCUUUCUAUUUGUCGGGAGACCAGAUAAGAUUUUGUGUCUCCUUCGACAACCAGCUUUUGGCCUCAUCUUUUCUGUAGCAAUUUCUUGUGUAUUGGCCAAAACCUUUGUUGUGGUUCUAGCAUUCAUAGCCACCAAACCUGGUUCCAGAUUGAAGAAAUGGAUGGGUGGAAGAAUGGUCAGCUACAUUAUUAUUUCCUGCUCCUUUGUUCAAAUAUGUAUUUGUGCUGUAUGGCUAAUAAUAUCCCCACCAUAUCCAGAUUGUGAUAUGCAGUCAAUGUCUGAAGAAGUCAUCUUGGAGUGCAAUGAAGACUCAGUCAUGUUCUGCUGUGUUUUGGGCUUUAUGGGUUUUCUUGCUCUGGUUAGCUUCUCUGCUGCUUUUCUAGCUAGGAAGUUACCUGAUAGUUUCAACGAAGCCAAAUUCAUUACCUUCAGCAUGUUGGUCUUCUGCAGUGUUUGGCUGUGCUUUAUUCCAACUUAUCUAAGCACAAGGGGAAAAUAUAUGUUAGCUGUGGAGAUCUUCUCCAUGACCUCCUCCAGUGCUGGCUUACUGGUAUGCAUCUUUCUUCCCAAAUGUUUUAUCAUUGUGAUGAGACCUGAACUGAACAAUAAACAUCAGCUCAUGAAAAGAAAGUUUUAAUUUAAAAAAAUGUAUAUGUAUUUCUAGGAGAAU